GAGGCAUAUGGAGUCGUAUGAGUUGCCUUUCUGCACUGCUGGGCCCUGGGCCAGUGGGGUACGAGUGCAGAAGAAUGGCACAGGACUCUGGGAGGUGUGGAAGAGACAACUCCAGCAGUUUAACAGAGUCAGCCCUGUAACAGCAGCAGCUAUAGCAGAAGCAUAUCCAUCCCCAAGCCUGCUGUUAAAGGCCUAUGAAGAAUGCAGCACAGAAGAUGAAAAACGGCUCUUGCUGAGUGACAUCCCAGUGAAAUCUGACAUUGGUGGGAAAGACCGCUGUGUCGGGCCAGACUUAUCCCGCCGCAUCUACCUCUUCAUGGUAUCCACUGACCCUGACCUUGUCCUGGACCUGAGCACAUAA